AUGCAGACCGUGCCAGGCCGAAUCUGCCAGCGAUCUGAUCUUGCAAUAAGGUCUUAUGGGGUUGCAAUACCAAAACUCCGUCCUUUUUCGUCCGGAAAGCUACCGGAGAGGUUGCCCACUGCAAAGACACAGCGAGCUGCAUCUAGAAAUCUUGCCAAGAGUAGAAAAGGAUUCAAAUGCAGAGCUGCUGCUCCUCCAGCAAUCAGGGAGCGGCUGAAGAUCGAUAUUGAAUAUGGGCUCAAACGCGGCACCACAGACAACAGCUACCUUGUUCGGGAUGGAAAAGAUUUCAUCCUGAUCGAUGUGCCGGAUGAGAACUUUAAAGAAGAUCAUGUGGCAACGCUGGAGCAGACAAUCCCUCUGCAAAGCCUCCGGCGGAUUGUGGUGACGCACCUCACGCCGAAGCGGCUGCCCUCGCUGAGAGCGCUGCUGGAGCGGAAGCAGGCGGCUGGAGGUCCACUGGACAUCCACCUGUCCAACCCUGCCCUGCAGCUACUGCGCUCAAGCCUGGGUGGCGACAAGGAGGGCGCGGCGCUGCUGUCAUCGGUGGAGCUGGUGGCCGCGCGUUCAGGGGCGUCACUGGAGGUUGGCACAGAAAUUGCGCUGAAGCUUAUCCCCUGCCCGACCCCCCGCUGGCCCGACCUGCUUGUGGCCUACAGCCCCGGCGACCGCCUGCUCUUCACCUCCAAGCUCUUCUCGGCCCACGUCAGUCCUGAGAAGGCGGGUGAGGACAGGGGCGAGGUGACAGACAAGAAGGGGUGGGAUGCAUACCGCAAUGACUGGCGCAACUUCUUCGAGUGCAUGCUGGCCCCGGUCGCCCAGCAGGUGGAAGGGGCGUUGGAAAGGCUAGAUGUGGUGGCUGCGCCAUCCACACAGAGCGGCUCACCGCUGCAGGCGGUUUUGGAGGCGCUCAGAGCCACGCAAGCCAUUCUCGAGGCCUCGCAGACAGCCCGCUUUGGCGCCAAGAGCAUGGGAGUGAGGGCUACAGGCGUUGGAAUGGUGGCAGCAGCGCUGUGCCCCAUGCAUGGCCCUGUUGUCCGAUCCAGCGUCACAGAGCUGGUCGGCCAGUACAGGGAGUGGACGCGCGCGCAGAUCGCUGCUGCAGAGCAGGCCAGCGUGGCAGUGCUGUACGCGUCAGCCUACGGCAACACCGCGGCUCUGGCGCAGGCCAUCAGCCGAGGCAUCACCAAAGCAGGUGUGGGGGUGAAUACUCUGAAUCUGGAGGUGGUGCCCCUGGAUGAGGUCAGCCUUUCCAUUAGCAAGAGCGGCGGAUUUGUCAUCGGCAGCCCCACGCUGGGAGGCCACAUGCCCACACAGGUGCAGACGGCGUUGGGAGCAGUGCUGAGGGACGCCAGCGCAAAGGAGCUGCCCUGUGGCGUGUUUGGCAGCUUUGGCUGGAGUGGCGAGGCCGUGGACGAGCUGGAGAGCCGCCUCAGGGAUGCGGGGUUCCAGCAGGCGUUUGGCGCGAUCCGGGUCAAGUUCAAGCCGACGGCCAAGGACAUGCAGAUGGCCGAGGAGUCCGGCACGGAUCUGGCGCAGCGGGAAGGGAAGGCGACCGGAACAGAGCAGGCUGUUGGCCGAGUGCUGGGCGCCAUGUGCGCAAUAACUGCCCGAGACGAUGACGCGCAGUCAGCCAUGCUCGCCUCAUGGAUAUCCCAGGCGAGCUUUGAUCCGCCGGGGCUGUCUGUGGCGGUGAAGAAGGACAGGGCAGCAGAGGCGUUGCUGGCGGUGGGCUCAAAGUUUGUGGUCAACAUUCUGGCAGAGGGCAAGGAGAAGCCGGUGAUCAAGCAGCUGCUCAAGCCCUUCAAGCCUGGCGAGGACCGAUUUGAAGGAAUGGACACGCAGGUGUCCGAGGCGACAGGCUGUGCUAUCCUGCCGGGCACAGCGGCCUACUUGGAGUGCAGCGUGGCCGACAAGCUGGAGGCAGGCGACCACUGGGUGGUAUAUGCCACUGUGGACUCCGGCCAAGUCACAGAGGAGGGCGCACUCAGCGCUGUGCACCAUCGGAAGAUCGGCACCACCUAUUGA